GGGUAGAGGAGGGAUUUUCUCGGCAGCUCGGAAAGUCUCCGGCUCGGUGUGGAUGAUCAGUCCGGCUCCCCCCGCUCGUUGCUCGGUUGGUUGUCUUCUCUCUCACCCGCCGCCUCUGUGCCCGUUGGAUGCCCAGUCUGUGCCCGGAGAGGAGAGGGACCCCAGGGAUCGCUCAGUGCAGAUAAACGUGUAAACUCGCUGCGGAUCCCAGUGGCCGGAGAAGAAGCGUUCAAACCCACCGAACGAGGAUGAGGUUGCUAUGGAAACUGCUGGCGUUUCGCUGGUUCGUGUGUCUGGCAGAUGAGCUUGCCCUGCAGGGCCCGGUGUUCACCCAGGAGCCGUCCAAUAUCGUCUUUCCUCUGGUCUCUGAAGAUCGGACGCUGCAGCUGGUGUGCGAGGCUCAGGGCCACCCCAAACCUGCCACACGGUGGAGAGUGAACGGCACCCUUCUGGAUGAAGCCCAGGAUUACCGCUACCGGGUUCUCGACAGAAAUUUAGUCAUCGACACUCCGGAUCGGGAUCGAGAUGUCGGCAUUUUCCAAUGUGAAGCCACCAAUAUGGUGGGGACCAUCCUCAGCCGCGAGGCUAACCUCCAGUUCGCUUAUCUCGAUUCCUUCCAGGCCCGCCCCCGGAGUACGGUGUACGUGCGCGAGGGACAGGGGAUGGUGCUGCUGUGCGGCCCGCCGCCUCAUUCUGGAGAGCUGGUCUACGCCUGGAUCUUUAACGAGUACCCGCCCUUCGUGCAGCAAGACAACCGCAGGUUCGUGUCCCAGGUCACCGGAAACCUCUACAUCGCCAAAGUGGAGCCCUCCGAUGCCGGAAAUUAUACCUGCGUUGUGACCAAUACCGUGACCAACACGCGGGAGCAUGGGCCCAGCACGCCGCUUACCCUGCGCACCGACGGUAUCAUGGGGGAGUACGAGCCGAAAAUCGAGGUCCAUUUUCCAGAGUCUGUGUCGGCAGCCAAGGGAUCCACCGUGAAAUUAGAAUGUUUUGCAUUGGGCAAUCCAGUACCCACCAUCACCUGGAGGAGGGCAGACGGAAAAAGCAUAUCUCGGAAAGUAAGGCGGCACCGAUCCAGCGGGGUAUUGGAGAUCCCCAACUUCCAGCAAGAAGACGCCGGCCCCUACGAAUGCGUUGCCGAGAAUACGCGUGGGAAGAACAUGGUGCGAGGGCAGCUCACAUAUUUUGCUCCUCCCAGCUGGGUGCAGAAGAUUAAUGACGCCCACAUUGCGAUAGAAGAAAACAUUUUACUGGAAUGUAAAGCAAGCGGGCGGCCAAAACCAACAUAUACCUGGCUGAAGAACGGGCAGCGGCUUCAGAGCAAAGGACGCCUCCAGAUUGAACACGGCAGCCUGACCAUCGCGUCGGUGAACAGCUCCGACUCCGGAAUGUACCAGUGCCUGGCCGAAAACAAACACGGGACCAUUUACUCCAGCGCCGAGCUGAGGGUGAUCGCGGUUGGCCCCGACUUCUCCGGCGUGUUCGUCAGAAGAGUGACCCUGGGAAAAGUGGGAGGAUUUGUUCUGAUUGAGUGCAAACCGCGAGCUUCCCCGAAACCGGCCAUCGCCUGGAAGAGGGGGCGGGACCUGGUGAGGCCGAACGCCAAGGUCUCAGUCUUGGAUGACGGAAGUCUGAAGAUCGCCAACCUCACCAAAGCGGACGCCGGGAGCUACACCUGUACAGCCAGCAAUCACUUUGGCACGGCGAGCAGCACCGGCACCCUGGUGGUGAAAGACCCCACCCAGGUUCUGGUGCCUCCCUCCAGCAUGGACGUCACAGUGGGCGAGUCCAUCGUCCUGCCCUGCCAGGUGUCACAUGACCACUCCCUGGACAUCUCCUUCUCCUGGGUCUUUAACGGGCAACUCAUCGACUUCCAGAAAGACGGGGAACACUUCGAGCGAGUGGGAGGACAAGACUCGGCCGGAGAUUUAAUGAUAAGAAGCAUCCAACUGAAGCAUGCUGGGAAAUAUAUCUGCCUGGUCCACACCAGCGUAGACAAGCUGUCCGCCGGCGCCGAUCUCAUCGUCCGAGGACCUCCCGGCCCGCCGGACGCUCUCACUGUGGAGGAAAUCACCGACACCACCGCCCAACUCUCCUGGAUGCCCGGAGUGGACAACCACAGUCCCAUCACCAUGUAUGUGGUCCAGGCGAGGACCCCCUUCUCCGUGGGGUGGCAGGCGGUCAGCACAGUGCCGGAGGUGGUGGACGGGAGAUCUUUCACAGCCACUGUUGUCGGUCUGAGUCCGUGGGUGGAAUAUGAAUUUCGUGUCAUCGCCAUCAAUCAGAUUGGCAUUGGAGAGCCGAGUCCCCCAUCAGAUAAGAGAAGGACGGAGGAAGCGCUCCCGGAGGUGACUCCAGCCAAUGUGAGCGGGGGAGGGGGCAGCAAGAACGAGCUCGUCAUCACAUGGGAGCCGGUCCCCGAGGAAUACCAGAACGGUGGAGGCUUCGGCUAUGUGGUGGCUUUCCGGCCCUUCGGAACCAUCAGCUGGAUGCAGACGGUUGUGGCCUCAGCGGACGCGGCUCGCUACGUCUACAGGAACGAGAGUCUUCCAUCCUUCUCCCCCUACGAGGUGAAGGUCGGGGUCUUCAACAACCGGGGCGAGGGGCCCUUCAGCCCCCUGACUGUGGUCUACACUGCCGAGGAAGAGCCAAGUCGGGCCCCUGCGGGGGUUGUGGCCCGGAGCCUGACUGCCUGGGACAUGGAGGUGUCCUGGAUUCCGGUACCGAGUACGCUCAGCAAAGGGAGAAUCCAGGGAUAUGAGGUUCGGUUUUGGAAACGAAACGAGAAGGAGCAAAGCGCACGCAAACUACGAACUCUGGGAAACCAAACGUCCACCAAACUCAGCCAUCUACAGGGCCACACCCUCUACUACCUGAAUGUGCGGGCGUACAACAGCGCGGGCACCGGCCCCGCCAGCCCUACCGCCAAUGUGACCACCAGAAAACCACCUCCGAGUCAGCCGCCGGGAAACAUCGUCUGGAACUCUUCCAACUCCAAGAUUAUCCUGAACUGGGAUCAGGUGACGGCGCAGGAGGACGAGUCCGAGGUCAGAGGUUACCGGGUCUUCUAUCGGUGGAACCGCCAGGCUGGAGCCACCAUGAUCGAGACCAAUCAGACCUCAGUGGAACUGUCCCUUCCCUACGACGAGGAUUACGUCAUUGAGAUCCGACCAAUCAGUGAUGGAGGAGAGGGCAGAAGCAGCGAACCAAUCCGCAUUCCUCGGAUAUCCAAUGCCUACGCACAAGGAUCAGGUGCUUCCACGUCAAAUGCCUGCACUUUAUCUGCCAUCAGCACCUUAAUGAUCUCCCUCACUGCGCGCUCCAGUUUAUGACCUCGAGCCUGCCACAUCCCCCAGAGACUCCCUACUUACUCUCGGACGGUGGACCGCGAUUCUCCGCCACACAGCGACGGCUCCGUAGGAAUAUCCGGAGAUAGCCCUCAGCUUAUUGAGCUUCCUCCUCUCCUCUCCUGGGGGAGGAUUCUUAUGCACUGACGACAUCUGGAAUACGAUGUUACCAAAGCAGUUUACAUGCCGUAUAUGCAUAUUUUUUAUUAUUAAUAUCUAGUGUUUUAUAGAGUUUUUUAAGGUUAACAUGAUGUAGAUAUCUACGUUUUUUGCUGUAAAAUGCUGCAGGUGUCAUUCAAAUCUUUUCUGUCCUUCCUCUCCUUAUGUAACGAUUAAUUACCCAGGACUAUAAUAUUUUAUAGAUUGUAAUCUAUUUCUAUGUCACAUAUCCUGAACCCAACUAUUGGCGUCACAAGAGCAAUUCCUCAACGCCAUUCUCUGGACCUUUGAAGAAGUCGGCGUAGGCUGGAAUGGGGGUCCGGGGGGGACAAGACUUUUUUUGGAAAUGGACUUUUGGAAGGUCUUCAUAAUUCAACAGAAAACAAAAAAUAUGGUUUGUUGGAAGGUCUUUGUCAUCUUUGGCUGGUUGUUUUACUCAUGGGUUUUAUGACAUUCAACCGGUAUGAAGCCCCUAAGUUUCAGUCACUCCACCAUCUUGGCUUUCAUCAGUCAUUUCCAUUUUCAUUCCAGAAAGAGUGUCUUUGGACUGUUGGCUGGUAACAUCAAAGUGGUGUUCCAGGAGAUACUGGAUCCAAGAUUAUACCUGAGAUCUUUGAGAUGUUCCAGGAGAUACUGGAUCCAAGAUUAUACCUGAGGUCUUUGAGAUGUUCCAGGAGAUACUGGAUCCAAGAUUAUACCUGAGAUCUUUGAGAUGUUCCAGGAGAUACUGGAUCCAAGAUUAUACCUGAGAUCUUUGAGAUGUUCCAGGAGAUACUGGAUCCAAGAUUAUACCUGAGAUCUUUGAGAUGUUCCAGGAGAUACUGGAUCCAAUAUUAUACCUGAGAUCUUUGAGAUGUUCCAGGAGAUACUGGAUCCAAGAUUAUACCUGAGAUCUUUGAGAUGUUCCAGGAGAUACUGGAUCCAAGAUUAUACCUGAUAUCUUUGAGAUGUUCCAGGAGAUACUGGAUCCAAGAUUAUACCUGAGAUCUUUGAGAUGUUCCAGGAGAUACUGGAUCCAAAGUAAAUACCUGAUAUCUUUGGGAUGUUCCAGGAGAUACUGGAUCCAAGAUUAUACCUGAGAUCCUUGAGAUGUUCCAGGAGAUACUGGAUCCAAGAUUAUACCUGAGAUCCUUGGGAUGUUCCAGGAGAUACUGGAUCCAAGAUUAUACCUGAGAUCCUUGAGAUGUUCCAGGAGAUACUGGAUCCAAGAUUAUACCUGAUAUCACUGAGGUGGCACUGCAAGGGAUCUCGGACUUGAUAUUAUGCAAUUUGUGAGGACUAGACCUUGUAAAUGGACGAGCUCUUGAUUCCAUGAAGGGUGAAGAGAAGUUUUGGAUUUUUCUUUGGGCAGUGAGAAGAAGAUGUCCAUCUUUUAUGGGUCAUUCAGCGGCAGGUCCCUUUCUUUGAGAUCUUCUGAAUUAAUUUUUAGAAAUAGGGACAUGGAAAGCCUUAAUAUUUUAUGAACUUUAUCUAAAGGUGAUGUCCUGUGAACAUUAAUAAGUCUUCAUCUUUUAUGGACAGAAAUGAAAGAAGCUUGAUAGCCAUUGAACUCAUAUGGAGAACCUCUUAUGGAUAUCUUGUUGAAGACAUGACCCUGUAGAGGGAAUGGUAGCGUAUUUUGGACAGUGACUCGAAUAUCUCCUUAUUUUCUAUAGGCAGAAAGUGACGUUCCCGUCUUAUGUGAAGAGUGGCUAGUAGACGGUAUCACCUCAAUAAAAAACAACUUGGUAUGGACAAUGGUUUAGGUUGUCCAAGGACAAUGCUGAGUUGAAGAAAUUACUUUUGGUAGAUUACGAAGAUCUUGUUGACAGUUUAAAGAGGAAAUAAAGGUAGUUUGUUUUUUGGACGGUGACCAGAGGGUAUCAUUAUUUUCUAUAGGCAGCAAAUGGCUUUCCAGUCUUGUGUGAAGAGUAACUAGACGACAGUGUCUUCUAUGGACAUUGCUAAUGGUUGAAGGUGUCCAUGGACAUUACCUUAAGGUUUCUUAUGGACAUUGUUUGUGGUUGAAGUUGUCUAAGGAUAAUACUCUUAGGUUUCUUAUAGACAUCGCAUGUGGUCAAAGUUGUCCAAGGACAAUACCCUAAGGUUUUUUAUUGACGACGAGUUGUAGUUUUGAGUUUUUCUAGCCUACAGGAGAUUGUGAUGUUUGUGGUUGAAGAGUAGAUAGGGACCUGCCUUCGUAUGUUACAAGACUGAUUAAGAUCCGUUUAAAAUCAUUUUCUUUGGAAGCAGAGACAACUUCAACCACAAGCAAUGAAGUUGUCUAAGGAUAAUACUCUUAGGUUUCUUAUGGACAUCGCUUGAGGUUGAAGUUCUCCAAGGACAAUACCCUUAGGUUUCUUAUGGACAUUGUUCGAGGUUGAAGUUGUCUAAGGAUAAUACUCCUAGGUUUCUUAUGGACAUUGCUUGAGGUUGAAGUUCUCCAAGGACAAUACCCUAAGGUUUCUUAUGGACGACGAGUUAGAGUUCUGACUUUUUCUAGCCUACAAGAGAUUGUGAUGUUUGCGGUUGAAGAGCAGAUAGGGACCUGCCUUCAUAUGUAAGAUCAGUUUAAUAUCAUUUUUUUUUUGGAAGCAGAGUUUCCAAUAUGUUUAUGAGUUUUAGUCUUGAUCUCAUCUCUACAGGAAGUAAGCACCAAUUAGAACACUUUUAUUUUUUAUAUUUUGAAGGACCAUUAGAAAAGCUUCAUGUUCUCACCUUUUAGCGGUUAAGAUGUAGGAUAUUGGAUAUUAUAUAAACCCUGAGUAAGGCUCCCGUUGCAGAUGACUCUCCAGGCCUUUUUUCGAAGGUCAAAGGUUUCAAAUAUAAACAUCGGCUUAACUGAGGCGAGACUGCCAUCCAUUUUUGUCGUCCAAUCCAAUUGGAGAAGACAGUUAAGCUAUGUUCCUCAUCUCAUAUCUUGGUUGUAAACAAUCAAAAAUCAAUUAAAACCUCUAAUAUAUUUAUAAAAUAUACCCUUACAUAAUGAAUUUUGUUAAAUAUCCAAAUCAGAGUUUUUAAUAUAAAUAUAUAUAUAUAUCUAUAAUAUAGAGACUAUAUAAAAGGUUCUUAUGGGCGAUAUAAUGUACAUUAUGCAUAGAAGAUGGUUGGAAAUGAGAUAUGCAUCGGGGUUCAUAUAAAAAUGAUUGUAUGUACGUAGAUUUUUUUUUUUCAGAGGUUCCCGAAUUGUUGUCAUCUGUUGAACUCCACCCAAUAUGAAAAAUGCAGAAUUUUGUAUCACCAGCCUUACUUGAAAGCAAGAUAUUUUUUUUUUUAAAUAAGCAGCCAUUGUAAUCACUGGGGAUCUGAGGGGUUCUCUUGUUUUCUCAUCUGUGAUAUGCUAAGUAUGAAGAGUGGCCACACACAGGAGCAACAAUUCACAUUCUUCCACAUGUGCCUGGCAGUUGGUGGCAUGGGUACUUUUGUUUCAGCAGAAAGUUGUAUAGUUGGGUUCGGUUAGGCGGCCAUUUUGGAAUAUUGUUAAGUGGAGUGUUUCUUUCACAGAAAAUGUUCCAAAAAAAUAAGACACGGCUUCAGUUUCACCUCCCCGAUAUAAAGAAUACCGAGACCUCAGCGGCAAA